AUGGACAGGCUUAUUGGUUUGGAGCCAUCAAAUCUUGUAGCAAUCAGGAUUGAACAUGGACAGAAGUGCUAUGGGGAACUCACUCUCCGCAAUGUUAUGUACACCAUGCCGGUGGCCUUUAGGAUCCAGGCCGUGAACAAGACUCGGUACACGAUCAAGCCACAGUCAGGAAUCAUAUCUCCUCUUGCAACACAAACUAUAGAGAUCAUAUAUCAUCUCCCUCCAGGUUCUCUUCUUCCAGAGACAUUUCCUCACUGCGAGGACUCAUUUCUUUUGCAUAGCGUGGUGGUUCCUGGUGCAGCAGUCAAAGAUGCUACAUCAAGUAUGGAUGCAGUUCCGAAUGACUGGUUCACAACCAGGAAAAAACAAGUUUUCAUAGAUAGUGCUAUCAAGGUCAUGUUUGUUGGGUCCCCAAUUUUGGCUCAGCUAGUUAGGGAUGGCUUAAUGGAUGAGAUCAGAGAAGUGCUUGAGCGUAGUGACCCGGCAUGUAAUCCAGCCGAUUCAGUUGAUUUUCAUGGGCAAACAUUACUUCAUAUAGCCAUCUCUCAAGGCCGUGCAGACAUUGUACAGUUACUUCUUGAAUUUGAGCCAGAUGUGGAGUUUCAAAGCCGAUCAGGGUCUAGUCCACUUGAGGCAGCUGCAGGUUCUGGUGAGGCCUUGAUUGUUGAGCUUUUAUUAGCUCGUCGAGCCAGCACAGAAAGAUCACAAUCCUCUACUUGGGGUCCAGUCCACCUUGCAGCUGGAGGCGGCCAUUUAGAGGUGUUAAGGCUUAUUUUACUUAAAGGCGCUAAUGUCAAUGCUCUCACUAAAGAUGGAAACACUGCCUUGCAUCUCGCCGUUGAGGAGCGUAGACGCGAUUGUGCGCGCCUUUUGUUAGCUAGUGGAGCAAAAGCUGAUAUUCGCAAUACUGGAGAUGGUGAUACGCCUAUGCACAUAGCUGCUGGAUUAGGAGAUGAGAACAUGGUCAAGCUGCUAUUACAUAAAGGUGCCAAUAAAGACAUCCGCAAUAAGAACGGCAAAACUGCCUAUGAUAUUGCUGCAGAAUAUGGCCACACUCGCCUUUUUGAUGCCUUAAAAUUGGGUGACAGUUUAUGCAUAGCUGCUCGUAAAGGAGAGGUAAGGACGAUCAGCAGGUUGAUUGAAAAUGGGGCAGCAAUCAAUGGCCGUGACCAACACGGAUGGACUGCAUUGCAUAGAGCUGCAUUCAAAGGAAAAAUUGAUGCUGUUCGGGUUUUGAUUGAGAAGGGAAUUGAUAUUGAUGCCAAAGAUGAAGAUGGUUACACUGCAUUGCAUUGUGCAGUGGAGUCUGGUCAUGCAGAUGUGAUUGAGUUGUUGGUUAAGAAAGGGGCAGAUGUUGAAGCAAGGACUAAUAAGGGUGUUACUGCUUUACAGAUUGCUGAGUCUUUGCACUAUGUGGGCAUCACUAGAGUGCUCAUUCAUGGCGGUGCAGUUAAAGAUGGCAUCACACACAUGGUGAUGCCAGCUUUACACUCUUCUUUCAGGAAUGGCAUAGCAGGGAAAGAGGUGGAGAUCAAACCGAUGAAGAAGAGGCCACCGAGGGCUAGAGCAUUGCGUGGUAGCUUUGAUCGGGCAAUGCCUUUAGCCGUGGUUUAG